CAAAGCAAAAGAAAAACCCUAGUUGUGCGUUGCAGGCGACGGAGGAGAAGAUGGCGACAGUACCAGGGCAACUCAUAUGGGAGAUCGUGAAGAAGAACAACUCCUUCUUGGUGAAAGAGUUCGGCAACAACACUCAGAGUGUUCAAUUCAGUAGAGAGAGCAACAAUCUCUACAAUCUUAACUCCUUCAAGUACUCUGGUUUGGCAAACAAGAAAACUGUUACCAUUCAGCCUGCUGGUAAGGAUCAGGCUGUGUUGUUGGCCACAACUAAGUCAAGGAAACAAAACAAGCCUUCAGCAAUUUCUCACAAAUCUGUCAUGAAGAAGGAGUUCAGUAGGUUGGCAAAGGCAGUUCAAAAUCAGGUUGCAGAUAACUACUACAGGCCUGAUCUGAAGAAGGCAGCUCUUGCAAGGUUGAGUGCAGUUCACAGAAGCCUCAAAGUUGCAAAGUCCGGUGUCAAAAAGAGGAAUAGGCAAGCUUUGAAGGUCCUUGGCAGGAAGUGAAAGUCAUUCUAGAACAGUUUCAUUACGUUUGAACCCUUGUUUUUGUCCCACAUUUUGUGUUACUACUUCCUUUGAAUCCAUUCUAGAUUUUCCAGAGUUUUGAAAUGCAAUUAUUUAUUUACUAUUCAAUAUUAAACCAGAACUAGCUUGUUAUAGAUAUCAGCUUGGUUGAUUUGUGUCUUGAUGUAUCCAUUUUAUCGUGAUUGAUAUUGUUGUCAAAGUCAACUGGCAAAUGAGGAAUGAGUAGUGCCCUUGGCAUUGAAUCUUGAAUUAAAA